AUGCGGCACACCAACAACGACGACGAGCAGGCACCGACAGAGGCCGUCUCUAUGGGAGCCCUCAACGCGCUGGCCUUUGAACCGCUGCAGUACCCGGAAGAACCGGAAGAGAAGAAGAGGAACGAUCUUGUUCUGUAUAUCUGCCGUGUGCCCGGUACAAGAGAUAUUAUCCUCUCGCCUGCGAAACCACAGCCGAAAAACGUCACAGCCGAAGAUAUAGCCGCAUCGUUAUACUACAUUCACUGGAAAGGUGCCGAUCUCGAUAUCCCCCCGCCGAAACCCCCUCGACCAGAUGAGCAAGACCAUUCGAGCGACGAUGCCUCGUCCAUGACGAUUCCGCGAAAGCCGCUUCCUGACGAUGCAAACCCAGCUCCAAUUGUAGCAGCAGCAGUACCACCACCGCCGCCGCCACAUACUAGUUCACUUGUGGGAGCGACAGGAACAACUCCUCUGGCACCAACAACAAGCUUACCACACGAAGAAGAACUGCUUCCUCCGCCGUCCAUAGCUGCCCUGCAAGACCUUCAAGAGAGCUCACCGGGACCGCGACGUGCGAGAGCUGCCACGACAAACUCGCACGACAGCUCGCGGUUGCAAGAACAGGGUUUGUCUCGCACCGAUACGCUCGGGAUGCUGGACCUGCCCCUCCACGACCACCGCCAGCUGUUGGCAGAGACCACCGUACCGCCUCGAAAGCCUGUCGGCCCUAGAGCCAUGGUCUCAGCACCAAAAACCUCACUUGAGCGCAAGCCAGUUCCUGGCGCGCAGGAAAUCCUCGCCCAAUAUGAACGACGCGGCUCAGCCCAGUCCUCACGAAACAGAUUCAGCACCGCAACGAGCAGAUCACCAUCUCCCCGCAAACGCGGCCUCUUCUCUUCCCCCGACGCCGAACCAUUCACCCUCGAAAUCAUCCGCCGCAACCCCAGCACCGGCGAGCAAUGGACCGUCGGCCAAAUCGCCUCGCACCAGCUCGAAUCCCCCGGCGCCCUACAAGACAACCAGCUCGACUUCCUCAAGUCUCAGCAACCCGAAGAGAACCACACCUCCAGCCCACCAAUCGACAUCCAGCUCGCCAACGCAGGAUACGCCAAGUUCCGCCACAUCCCCGCCAAAGUAUCAUGCGAGACUUUCGUCACGCAAGAAAUCGACUACAUUUCGCUACGGCGGCAAGUCCUCAUGUCGUACUCCAAGAGCCGCAUCCUCGUCGCCAAGGAAGAAGUCAAGGAUACGUUCCACCGCUUCGUCGACGAGCACAUUACCAAAAAGGGCCAUGCGCGACAACCCAGCGACGACUCUGUCGAGGGUGCCGUGCUGUCUGCCGUCCACCCGGGCCACGGCAUGAAGCGCCGCGGGUACGUCUUCUCAAGCCCCUGGGGCACCAAUUGCGUCUUUCAUACAGCACUCAACGGCAACGCCAUCAAGUGCGUGCGCAAUCUGGAUGACGGGCACGGCGUGUACACGGCGGACGAUGCUUUGCUCCGGCGCCGCCCGACGUCGGCAGACGUCAGCGAGCUGCGCUUCGAUCUGCCCAUGCCGGGGGUGCCGUCUACGGGGGGGAAGCAUGACUGGGUGCAGGGCCACUUGGGCAAGAUUUGGCCGGGGAAUAAAGAGGAUGAUGGGCAGGUGUCGCCGUUUGAGUUGAAUUUGGGCGGCGAGAAGGCUGGUGGUGGGAGGAGUGGGACGAGGGCCAAGAUGGGCAAGUUGAUUGUGCAUGAUGAUGGGCAGAAGAUGCUGGAUUUGGUGGUGGCUGCGAAUAUGGGUGUUUGGUGGGGAGCCUACGAGCGCAGCUUUUAG